AUGUGUAAGGGUUCGAUUAAAAUUACACGCUGGUCUGGCGAAAAGCAGGCUAAUCAACCAACUGGGAGUAUUUUGUGGAUGGCACCAGAAGUGAUACGCAUGCAAGAACAAAACCCAUACUCUUUUCAAUCUGACGUGUACGCUUUUGGAAUAGUUGUGUAUGAACUCUUAGCAGAAUGCUUACCAUAUAGCCACAUAAAUAAUAAAGAUCAGAUUCUAUUUAUGGUGGGACGCGGACUCCUUCGACCUGAUAUGACUAAAGUACGUUCGGACGCUCCACAAGCAUUAAAACGCCUGGCUGAAGAUUGCAUCAAAUUUGAUCGAAAUGAUCGUCCUCUAUUUCGGCCACUACUAAAUAUGCUUGAAAAUAUGUUAAGAGCAAUGCCGAAAAUUCAUCGCAGUGCCAGUGAACCAAAUAUGACGCAAACGCAGUUGCAUAGUGAAGACUUCUAUCAAUGUCCCAGCCCCAAAACACCGGUGAAUUUCAGUAAUUUCCAAUUCUAUAAUAGUGCUGGCAAUAUCUAGCGCUGCUGAUCCGACGCUACAAUUGUGAUAACCCUAAUGCGGAACAGACGACGUCGUUUGUGAAUAGAAAGAAAACGGUCGUGCCAUAAGGCUGGACAAUGACGUCUCGUUCCAAAGUUUAGAUGAGUGAAAAGGGAAUAUCUUAGGAUGAAAUGUUUUUGAUGUCACCUUGACUCAAACCGGCAAAUACUUAAAAUAAUUUCUCACUUUUAUCUUUGAC